CCAUGAAUCUCUUAAGUCCAUUUGAAGGUGCUUUAGAGCCUUUCUCAAAACUCUGCUUCCUGAACACUCAACUAUAAGAAUUGCAUAUAAAGCUAAAAAUUUAUGACACAAUAUGCAUGUUAAAGUUCUUAAUAAACGUUAGCUAGCAACAAGCAACCCUCAAAAUAGGCAUCGAGAAGAUGGAUGACUUUUCAAAGGCAGAAAAAAAAAUCCCAGAAAACAGGUACAAUCGAAUUGAAUGAUGAAUGCUGAUUUUUCCACGGAGUGAUUGACCUGCAAGCGGAGCCGUGGAAACUCGGGGCUCUAAUCACUUAAAUUCCCAAGCGCAAAGCCUCUAUAAAAGGGGAGCUAAAUCCUAGCCUUAAACAUAUAUCUUACCUUCUCAUUCUUCUCUUUCUUCAACUCCAUGGCUAAGCUCUAUUCAGCAGGAAAAAGCCCCCCAAGGAUGGCUGCAAUGCUGCUUCUUUUUGGGCUGCUAAUGGCUAGUCUAGAGAUAACAGGUGCCCAAAUAGGAGUUUGUUAUGGCAGGAAUGGCAACAACUUGCCAGCACCAGGAGAAGUUGUAGCUCUCUACAACCAGUACAACAUCCGAAGAAUGCGACUAUAUGACACUAGACAAGAUGCUCUCCAAGCCCUUGGAGGCUCUAAUAUUGAGCUCAUCCUAGGCGUCCCCAACGAUAACCUCCAAAAUAUUGCUUCCAGCCAGGCCAAUGCCGAUUCAUGGGUCCAAGACAACAUAAAAAACCAUCUUAAUGUAAAGUUCCGGUACAUCGCAGUUGGAAACGAAGUGAGUCCUUCAGGCGCCCAGGCCCAAUUUGUUCUCCCUGCCAUGCAAAACAUUAACAAUGCAAUUUCGUCCGCCGGCCUAGGGAACCAAAUCAAGGUCUCCACCGCCAUUGACACUGGAGUUCUAGGAGUGUCCUACCCACCAUCAAGUGGCUCCUUCAAGAGUGGCGUCCUGUCAUUUCUCACUUCCAUCAUCAGCUUCUUAGUCAAGAACAAUGCCCCAUUACUUGUCAACUUGUACCCUUAUUUCAGUGACCUUAGCAAUCUGAAUUAUGCUCUUUUCACAGCUCCUGGAGUUGUGGUGCAAGAUGGGCAGCUUGGUUACAAGAAUCUUUUUGAUGCCAUAUUGGAUGCUGUUUACUCAGCGCUGGAGAGGGCUGGUGGGAGUUCUUUGAAGAUUGUUGUUUCAGAGAGUGGUUGGCCUUCAGCCGGCGGGACACAAACCACAGUUGAUAAUGCAAGGACUUACAACUCCAAUUUGAUUCAGCAUGUCAAAGGUGGGACUCCAAAGAGGCCUACAGGACCUAUUGAGACUUAUGUGUUUGCCAUGUUUGACGAGGACAACAAAACCCCAGAAUUGGAGAAGCAUUGGGGGCUCUUCCUCCCUAACAAACAACCUAAAUACACAAUCAAUUUCAACUAGAAGAAGCAAAAUUAAGUGCAGUAGAAGACUAAGGGCGAGGCUUUCUUUCAUGUAUUACUAUCUUGAAUAAGGGUCUCCCCCCACUUCUUCAAAAAAUGAUCCUAUAGAGGCAAAAUGCUACCACAUUUUUGUCUUCAUAUAUGCCAUAAUAAAAGGUAAAUAAUCUUAAUAAAGGAGAAUACAUUAUCUUAA